AAUGCCAGGAUUGUGGGAAGGCUUUCGCCCAGGCAAACCUUCUCAGGAAUCACAUGACUGUUCACUCUGGUGAGAGAAAGUUCUCCUGCUCCCAAUGUGACAAGCGGUAUGCAUACAGGGGUAGUCUGGAGCUUCACCUGCGCGUACAUUCAGGGGAGAGACCUUUCAAAUGUACGGUGUGUGGUAAAGACUUUGCUGACAAAUGUUAUCUGAAAACGCACCUGAAUAUACACAACAACCAGAAAAACUACCAUUGUGGGGUUUGUGGGCGCAAGUUCAUAAGGCUUGGGUUGUUGAAGUUACACAUGCGCUCACACACCGGGGAGAGGCCCUACCACUGUACAGUGUGCGACAAUAAGUUUUUUAGACUCUCACACCUGAAGAACCAUCAUCUCACUCACACAGGUGAGAAACCAUACACCUGCACCGAGUGCGGUAAAAGCUUCACUCAGUCUGGAGAUCUGGCCAAACACAAGCGCUUCCACACUGGGGAAAGGCCAUUUGAAUGUUCUGAAUGCCACAGACGGUUUAUCUGUUCAGGUUCUCUGACCCUGCACAUGAGGACCCACACUCACCGUGAUGUAAAGCCAUACUCCUGCCAAGAGUGUGGGAAGAGCUUUUAUGAACAGAGUCACGUUAAAGUCCACAUGAAAAUCCACAAGGGGAAACCGUAUUCCUGCCCCCACUGCUUUUUUUACUUUGCUCGCAAGAGCAACCUCUCCAAUCACCUGCCUAGAUGUCCUAAACGUAAAUGAGUUAAACCUAUGAAUGAAUAGGAGGGGGAUUCGUUCCCUUCAGUGAUCGAUGCUUGACAACAGAUGCAAACAAUGUACCCCUACUAUGUAUAGUAACUCCAUAUCACAGAAUCUACCUAUGAUAACACAAUGUCUUUAGUAAUAGUCAAAUUUGUUCACAUACAGUACCAGUCAAAAGUUUGGACACCAACUCAUUCAAGGGUUUUGCUUUAUUUUUACUAU